AUGUCUGACCUCACCGUCCACGCCGCCCUCUCGCCUCGCGUUGCCAUCCUCUCGUCUCCCGACGUCGACCGGGUCAUCCAGACGAACAACAUCCCCGACCUCGCCGCCCUCCUACGACCAUUCGAAGCCUCCGUGUCCCAGCUCUCGGUCCGCACCUCGCAACUCGAGAACCGCCUGUGCCAGCGCUUUCCCCUCCGCUUUGACCCUUUGCGCACCUUCACCGCCGCAGCCGCACCACAACAGGAUGAUGUCCUCGACUCGGUCAGCGCCCAUAUCGGCGCAAACGCAAAGCACUGGCUCGCCGAGGUCGAUCCAGACGGCUCCGCCUCGCCGCAGCCAGCCGACCUCUUGCAGCAGGCCAGCCAGAGGAUCGAGUCCCUGACGCCGUGGUUCAUCCACUUUCGAGACGCGAUCCUCCACCGACGCUCCUUGAGCCCGCACUCGACAUUCGACCAUCCCGUCGCCCUCCUCCUCGCCGUCUCCUCGGCCAGCCCCGACCCCAUGAACGACUUUGCCAGGCUCUACGAGACGGCCGCUGCCUCUUCCUCGUCCAGCGGCGGUCCAUUCGCAGCCCAUCCUUUCAUCGAUCCAAACGUGCUCAGGUACUACCUCCUCCUCCACGAUGUCCACACGUCUGGUCCCGACCUCUCGCAGUCGCUCGAAGUGCUCGACCACGUCAAGCGGACCUACGGCCUGCACUGCUGCCUGCUGACCAUCAACUCGGCCGAAGAGCACGGCUCCAGCCGCAACGCCGAAGACAUCGAGGCCCUCUGGAGCGAUUCGCGGCCCCCAGCAUCGCCGCCGUCCGCGCCAAACUCGCCCACGACAUCCGCCGACGUCGCACGCCUGCUCGACGACGAAGAUAUCAAGCGGCUCAAGGGCUUUGUCCGCGAGCUGACGGCCCAGAGCAUCGUGCCCUUUAUGGAGCGCUGCGUCCAGCAGUGGAACGAGCAGCUUGCCAGCUCGCGCAAGGGCCUCACCGGCCGCUUGUUUGGCGCCAGCCGCAAGUUCUUUGGCGGGUCCGCCGCAAAAGUUGCCGCCUCGGCCUCGUCGUCGCUCUCCAACGGCGCCGGCUACAGCGUUCAGCACGACUUUUACCCAUUUGCCUCGGUCGAGGCGCAGACGCGGCGGCUGGCCGACUUUGCCUUCACCAUCCGCGACUACAAGCUCGCCGCCGCCAUGUACGACCUCGGCCGAAAGGACUUCGCCGGCGACAAGGCCUGGAGGCACAGCGCGGUGGCCAACGAGAUGUUUGGCCUGUCGCACCUCAUGCUCAUGUACACGGCGCGCACGCCGCCCAUCGACGUCGACAGCUACCUCUCCCAGGCCUGCCACGAGUACGCCCUGAAACCCGCCGCCGGAGGCGAUUUGGGCCCGCUGCGCGCCACGCUCCUCUACUACGAAGCCUACCGCGCCCUCGGCUACUAUCGGCCGGCGCCCGUCGCCCUCCAGCGCAUGGCCAACGCGUCCGAAGAGGUGUUUGGCGCGCUGCUGCUCGAGCAGGCAGCCAUGGCCGACUUGCGGCGGCAGCCAAAGGCGGCGGUGCGCAAGUGUGCGCUCCACCUCGUCAUGGCCGCACAUCGCUACCAGUCCUGUGGGCAGAAGGCGCUCUCGCUCCGAUGCUACGCCCAGGCCGCCGCCCUCUACCGCCACAAGGCCUGGACGUCGGUCGAAAACCACCUCGAACGCGAGCUCGGCAUGCAGGCCUACAACGGCGGGGACGCCGAUGCCGCCGUCGCCCACCUCUCGACGCUGCUGCGCCCCGGUCAAUGCUCGGCCGAAGAGCACGAAGCAUGGCUCAAGGACCUGCUGACAGCAUACAGGUACGCAGGUGGCAGCGGCGGCGGCGGCGAGGGCGAAGGCGACGGCAGCACGGCUACCGGCAAGCCGGAGGUGAAGCUGCCCCAGCCCCUGUUCAACCCGAAGAGCGCGAGGCUCCGGGUUGCCGAGGACGGCAUCGGUGCGCAGGGCGGGCAGUCGAGGGUCCCUGACUCGACCUGGACCGCUCUCGAGGGCGCCUUCAUGGCAGCGGGCUUCUCCUCGUCGGGAUCGGCGACCCGCAAGAGGCCGGCCACGCUCUCCUCGAGCCGGGACAACCGAGCUGCCGUCGAUGCCACCUUUUGGCUGGACGUGGCGGUCGAGAAUCCUCUGAACACGGCGAUCGAGGUCAAGGACAUCCGACCGCACCUCCGACCCGACGAUGGGCCCAAAGCGGCGCCCCAGAGCGGCGAUGAUGCAGGGCCAUCGUCCGGAGCAACGGCGACAGAGUCCCGCUUCGAGGCCGAGCCCGUCGAUGCCGUGAUGCUGGGCCCCCGCGAGGUGCGAUGGCUCUCGAUACCCAUCCGCGUCCGGGAAGCGGGCGUUCACCGCGUGACACACAUCAGCUCCGUCAUUGCCGACGAGCUGCCCAUCACCGAAUCACUCGACAAGCGUGGCAAGCGCCUCGGUGCGACGAGGGAGCAGCGCCUUACGCCCACCUACGCCCCGGACCAGAUGUUGCGGCUGACAGUCCACGAGGCAGAGCCUGCGAUCACGGCGUCCCUCGCAUCGCCGCCUUCCUCGAUGCUGCUCGGCGAGGAGUGCCGAGUCGAGCUGACCCUGCGCAACGUCAGCGGCGAAGGGUUGCGCGACGUGCGAGCGCUGUGCAACCAACCUGAUGCCGCCGUUUUCGUGGUCUCGGAGGCGGCCACGGCCAGGGCGGGCUCACCGAAGGCGUCGACGUCGUUUACGAUGCCCAACGACCUCAAGCAUGUGGCGAUACAGGACCUUGUCGGUGACGACGAGAUCCUCGCAGCGGGACAGGAGCGGACGGUGCCGCUGCUGCUCAAGGCCAGCCGCUUCGGCGUCGUGGAGCUGGCAUGGCUGGUUGUCUUUGGCGACAGCCAGGGCCGCUUCCACACCUCUCGGCUCAGUCACCGCAUCGAAGUGGAGCCGAGUCUGGAGGUGUCGGUGCAGAGCCGGCCGGUGUUUGAUCGAGCAAAGUGCGACUACCGCCUGUCGGUCGAAGUGUCCAACGUCUCGCUCGACGAGACCGUCACCGUCACCGGCCUCUCCUUUGUCGGCCCGUGCUGGCGAUGCUCGGUCGAGGACGAGCCCUCGUCGUCGCCAACGUCGUCGUUAUCGGCAAAGGUCGGGACUUCUCUCGAGCCUUGCCAAGCGGUGCGGCUCAGUGCUGUGCUCGGGCGAACGGACUCACGAGGAGACGAGGAUCACAGCGAGGCCCAGGCAGGAGGAUCCAUGGCUUACACCCUCCAUCGCUUGCAGGCAAUGCUGCAGAGCCGAGAGGUCGAUGCCAAGAACGCGCCACGGCCCGUUGAGCUCCUCGCUUCCGGCACCGGCAGGUUGUUUGAGGAAGAGGACGAGGUGCAAGCCUACCCGCCGAUCGCCGCCAGCAGCUCUAGCCCGCCCAUCUCGACGACGCUCGACUCGCCGCAUCACCAGCGACUGCUGCGACAGGCCCGGCUUCGGUGGCGACAGUGGACGCUGUCGCAGCACUUCCAGGCGCUGUCGGAGGCCGAUCGAGCGGCUGCCUUUGUGCUGUACGAGCCCAACGACGUCGAUGUCGUCGUCCACUGGCAGCAGCAGCAGCAGCCGACACGCCGAGGCAGCAGCUACGUGUUUGGGCUGAGCCUGGGGCCGAGCCGGAACCAUCUGCUGUCGCUCUUUGACGACGACGGGCGGUCGGCCAUCCGGAGCAUGUACGCGCAGACGGUCAAGGAGCGCGGGCUGAUGCUGCAGAACCUGCUUUCCAGCCGGCUUGCCACGGACGAGGCGCCGCUGGUCGUCGAUCUCUGCCCCGCCGAAGAAGGAGGCUCUGGCGAUUCGCACGAGGCGCAACAGGAUCGGCGCACCCACGACUUUGCGGCCAAGGGACCCACCCGACUCGGCCUGUCGGUGUGGGUGCGCAACUUUUCAGACAGCCUCGACGUCGACUUCGAGGUCCAGCUGGGGCGAUCAGAGGCGCCCUCGGCCACAGGCGCCGAAGACGACACUGGCGAGCCGGAGGCAGAGGAGAGGGGGCCUGGAUCGGCGCAGUGGAUGGGGCGGCGCACGUUGCGCGGCACGCUCCAGCCGCGCUCGGCGGUGGAGCUGGCGGCCACGGUGCGCAUCGAAGGGCCUGGCCUGGUGCGACCGGGCCGCCUGACGGUGCAGAGCCGGUGCUACCUGGCGGGCAGGGGAGGCGGCGAGAGAGAGGGCGGUGCCGGUCCCGGUGCCGCAGCGCCGUGCAGCCAGUUUACGCAGCACGUCGACCCGGCCCUCGCCGUGUAUUUUGUCCAGGCGGCCUAG